CUUAAUGCUGUGUCCUCUGCGUGCGCACUGCCUCCCGCUUCCACGCUCUCCCUCUCUACUGUUGAGUGCAUAAGAGCGGUUUCCUCUGCAGACCACUUUGCAAAGCUCCGUGCAACAAGUUUGCAGGAGCAGCAGCGGCACGCCGUCACGCAGGUUGACUUCACUCGGCUGGAGCUUGAGCGGCGCUCCACUCAUCCAUCUGUCGCUGUCACCACAAAGUCACCGUACGUGAACGCAGCGUUGCAGGCGCACACACGCACGCUCGCUCACUCACUCACUCACACAGAGCAGAGUGCCAUAAAUUGGUGACUCCGCGCCAGAUGCGGUUUGCUCUCAGCAGCGCGUGGAGUUGUUAGUUAAAUGGAGAACGCAGUGGCGAGAAGAGCAUCUAAGUGCAUGGAAAAAAUGGAGAAAGAACUGUCGCCCCGGCAGAAGCGACACUACUGCCGCACGACUGCGCUGAACGUCUUCUCCUCGUUUUGCUCCGUGGCGUCCGUCGCUUUCUGCAUUUUCCUGAGCAUUAGUGGAGCUGACAUCAAGAACCGAGUUGUGGAUUUGGAGAGUGCCAAAGGCGAGCACACCUUCACCCGUGCCCCCGGCUACUCCGUGGAGGAUUUCAAUUCACUGAUAGAGGAAAGAGUGGACGAGCUGCUCUCUCAGCGCUCCUAUGAGAAUUUCGUCAAGAUUCGGACAGCCAGACAAACAUCACCUGAAUGCAACUGCCCUCCAGGACCUCCGGGAAAGCGGGGAAGAAGAGGCCGUAAUGGAGACCCUGGACCUCCUGGCCCUCCUGGUCCAAAGGGUGAAAAGGGGGAUCAAGGCGACCAGGGACCACGGAUGGUCUUCCCUAAGAUCAAUCAUGGCUUUCUUUCCGCUGACCAGCAGCUCAUAAAGCGACGGCUCAUUAAGGGAGAUCAGGGGCAAGCAGGGCCACCCGGGCCCCCGGGGCCACCGGGCCCUCCUGGACCGAGGGGGCCUCCAGGAGACACUGGCAAGGAUGGGCCCAGAGGUGUGCCUGGUCUACCGGGUGAUCCAGGACAGCCUGGGGAAACGGGACCCCUGGGACCUGAGGGGCCGCAAGGGCCGAAGGGUUCACUCGGGCCUCCUGGCAUCCCCGGUGUUGAUGGACUGAAGGGGGAUGUUGGCAUCCCAGGACUGGACGGUGUUCCAGGAGCCAAGGGUGAAAUGGGAGAACGAGGUGAAAAGGGUGAUUUGGGUGAGGAGGGACUGAAAGGUGAACCGGGAGAGAAGGGAGAUGCAGGCUCCUCUGCAGCAGGCAUCAAGGGUGAACCUGGAGAGCCUGGAAGAAGUGGACUAAAGGGAGAGCCAGGACUUCCAGGGCUGCCUGGACUACCAGGGAUAAAGGGUGAGCCCGGGUUUCUCGGUCCCCAGGGUGAGCCUGGGCUUCCAGGACUCCCAGGAACUAAGGGUGAGAAAGGUGACCACGGACCACCAGGGAAGGGGGAACGAGGAGAGACGGGACCCGCUGGACCAAAGGGUUCACAAGGAGAGGCUGGUACACCUGGCCCUAAAGGGUCAAAGGGCGAGGGUGGAGAUAAAGGAGACUUGGGGCUCAUUGGACCAAGGGGCCCACCUGGGCAGAAAGGAGAACAAGGUGCCACCGAAAUCAUCGACUACAACGGAAACAUUCAGGAAGCUUUACAGAAGAUUACCACUAUUACAGUUACGGGUCCCCCUGGGCCUCCUGGGCCAACGGGACCACCAGGCAUAAAGGGGGAUCGCGGUCUGCCUGGUCUUCCUGGACUUGAUGGAGAAAGAGGAUACAAAGGCUCUAAAGGAGACAUGGGAAUGCCCGGAGCUUCAGGGGAGAAAGGAACAACUGGUUUACCUGGCUUACCUGGUGUCAAUGGAAUGAAAGGGGAUAAAGGAGAUGCAGGACUCACAGGUCCUCAAGGUCCUUCUAUAAUUGGCCCUCCAGGGCCACCAGGGCCCCAUGGAUCCCCAGGACCUAUGGGUCCCCAUGGCUUUCCUGGACCAAAGGGUGAACCUGGUUUGCAUGGGGCAAAGGGUACUCGAGGAGAACCAGGACACAAAGGGGACCGUGGACCUCUGGGUCUCCCUGGAGCCUCCGGCUUGGACGGCAAGCCUGGAAUUAGGGGCAUGGAUGGGCCUUCAGGUCCUGCUGGUCCAGCUGGGCCGAAGGGGGAUAUUGGUGAGAAAGGAGCACCAGGUGAGCCAGGGCCAAGAGGACCCUAUGGACUACCUGGAGCUGCUGGAACACCAGGCUUGGAUGGGGAGAAGGGAAAGAAGGGCAAAAAAGGGCCUAAGGGCGAGAAAGGAGAACAGGGUGCCCCAGGAUUAGAUGCACCCUGCCCAUUGGUAUGUCCCAACUGUGAGCGGUCGCUCCAAACAAGGAAGGAAGGAGCUCCCUUUGGCUGUGCUGAGACCCAGAAUACCACCAAAAUAACCUAAAUAUUAAAGCGUAUUACUUUCCUAAUAAUUCAACUGUUCAAAUGCAGAACAACAACAACAUUGGGUUGGGUUCGCAAGCUCACAGGGCAGCUCCUCCCUCUCCCUCCCCUUGUGUCUGUCGCAGUGGACUGAUGCAGGGGGUAAGGGUCGUCCACCUCUCUCUCAGUAACACUCCGAGGUCAUUUUUAC